GGCCAGCCCCGGCCGUUCUCGCGUCUCUGCCGGCCCGCUGUGGGCCGCUCCGGCCGGUGCUUUGACCGGGCGCCUCCGUGCGCUCGGCCAACGGCCUUUGGGAGCGCCCACCCGAACGCCCCCGGAGCCGGCGGGCGGCGGCCCUCGCCCGAGACACUCCAGCGGGCCCAGGGGGACAAAAGUGGCUCUAAAUCCAGCAUAGGCACCUUGAAGGAAGUUAAAGGAUUUAAUAUGAACCACAGAAGCAGAUAGUGCCGAAUAGCAAGCAGCCACUGGGACACAUUUCUGGAAAAGCAGUCUUGGUGUUGUUAUGUUCACCUCCAAAAAAGUUCAGAUCUGUAGGGGAAUUGUUGCAUAAAGUAAACUGAACCACAGGGUAGCAAUAUUUUAAUAGCUGUUCCAGAUGUGUAUGUACUGUGUUGCAAAUGAGUGACAGAACAAGCAGUGAUACACCAGUAGGAAGAGUGAGUGGGGCAGCAUUUCCUUCUCCCCGCGCUGCUGAGAUGGCGGAAAUUAGUCGAAUUCAGUAUGAAAUGGAAUACACCGAAGGUAUUAGUCAGCAGAUGAGGGUCCCGGAAAGAUUAAAGGUAGCGCCACCAAAUGCUGAUCUGGAGCAAGGAUUCCAAGAAGGAGCUCCGAAUGCUAGCGUCGUUAUGCAGGUUCCAGAGAGGAUCGUUGUGGCAGGAAAUAAUGAAGACAUUCCAUUUGCAAGACCAGCGGAUCUUGACCUUAUACAGUCAACUCCCUUUAAACCUCUGGCACUGAAAACCCCACCUCGUGUACUAACACUAAGUGAAAGACCGCUAGAUUUUCUGGAUUUAGAAAGGCCUCCUGCAACCCCGCAAAAUGAAGAAAUCCGUGCAGUUGGCAGGCUAAAAAGAGAGCGCUCCAUGAGUGAGAAUGCCGUUCGCCCAAACGGACAGCUGCUCAGAGCUGACUCAAUGUGGCACAGAUCAUAUUCUGCCCCAAGAAAUAAAAUGUCAAGGUUCCAGGCACCGAUUUCUGCACCGGAGUACACUGUGACACCGGCGCCCCAACAGGUCCGGGCCUGUCUUCCCCAAACAUUACCUGAAGGUGGAGCUAAUCUUCCCUCCGCUCGAGGCAUUUUGUCGCUUAUCCAGUCUUCCACUCGUAGGGCUUACCAGCAGAUCUUGGAUGUGCUGGAUGAAAAUCGCAGUGUGAGAAGACAAAAUGAAAUACGUUGUGAAAGACCCGUGUUGCGGGGUGGGUCUGCUGCCGCCACUUCUAAUCCUCAUCAUGACAACGUCAGGCAUGGCAUGUCACAUAUAGAUGCAACAAUUGAAGGAACUUCGGACGACAUGACUGUUGUAGAUGCGGCUUCAUUAAGACGGCAGAUAAUCAAACUAAAUAGACGUCUACAACUUCUAGAAGAGGAGAACAAAGAGCGCGCGAAGAGAGAAAUGGUCAUGUAUUCGAUUACUGUAGCGUUCUGGCUGCUUAACAGCUGGCUCUGGUUUCGCCGCUAGAGGUAACCUCGGCUCUGGAAAAUUCUGUCUCAACAGCUGGAAACAUAAAGAACUUGCAAACUUCUCUGUUUCUGUGUUUGCAUUGUAUGCCGUUUUAUAGUCCGUGCCCUGCCCGUGUAUUUCUUCCAGAAAGGAGGGGGGAAGGGCUGAUAACUUGGGGAAGUAAAGGCCCAUUCUCUCCCUCCGCUGUGGUCACUGUCAAGCAGUUCUGCAGUAACACGCGCACACUUCACAUUCUCCCUUUGCAUGUUUUGUAAAUAGGCUCUAGUUUGUUUUUCUUUAAGGGAAAUGAUUUUUGCCUCAUCAGUCCGCACAAUUAAUUCUCUGAAUGGGAAAGAGAGUGCAUAGUGAGUGGAUUUAGAAAAGUAUCUGUAAAAGAAGACUAGUCCUUUAUUUUGUCCUGUUUCUCAAACGCGAUUAAGUGAAACAGUUCCGUCAAUAGACAUUUUUGCAUCCACACUUCAGCGUUCGCGCUUCCAUAGUCAUGGUCUGGUAUCAGGUUUAAUGAAGCCAAGGCGCCUCAUGUUUUACAGUCACCUUCGUUAAAAUAAUUCCUGACAUUUCCAGCAGUUUAUCUAAUACAUGUGUAAAAUGUGCAUUCUUAUUUUUAUUUUAAUUUUGCAGAUGGUUUUCUAUAAAGUAUGUUUUUACUAAGCCCCGUGUGAAUGAUUUAAAAAAACCACAGAAUAAGGUACAAAUGUAGUGUAUUUAAUAAACUGUCAACAAAAGC